CGUGGCUUUAGUACACUGAGUUCGCUCUCAGACUUAUUCAGACUUAUUGUUCCUCUGGUUUCGGUUACGCGCUGUUAUGCGUUACGAAAAUGUCGCAGCAAAAUAAACGAAAGCGUUUAACGUUUAAACAAAAAUAUGAGCUGAUACAAAAAGUGAAAGCAGGUGCCACGAAACGGUCUAUUCUACAGGAAUACGGUAUCGCUGAGAAUACGUACACUGAUAUGAUAGCUCGCGAAUCGGAGUUAAGAGAUAAGAUUAACAGUUAUGAAAACCUGCAGAAGAAAUCUUCGAAAACAACCGAUAAUGCGGUUCUGGAGGCUGCUUUGAUAGAAUGGUUCAAGCAAGCGAAAGACAGAGGAGAUCCAGUGUCCGGUCCGAUUAUUAGAGAGAAGGCUCUCAUUUUAAAUGAGAAGCUCAACGGUCCUAAAACCUUCAAAGCAAGCAAUGGUUGGCUCGAUAGAUUCAAGAAACGGUUCUGUAUUCGAAAUGUUCGAACAAAAGAAGGUAAAUUUUUCAACGAUCCAUCAGGCGCUGCAGAAUUUGCGCAAACGUUGAAGGCAAAGAUCAAAUCAGAAAAUUUGAACUUAGAAAACAUUUACAAUGCUAACGAAUCAGGAAUUUCAUGGCAACAAUUGAUGGCGUGCACCAGUUCUUUAAAUUCAGAAGAGGAAGAAUCUUCGGGAAGUUCAGAAUGUAAAGAACGUACGACAGGUUUAUUCUGUGCCAACGCCAUGGGAAGUAAUCGAAUUCCACUAUUAAUAAUUGGAAAAUCUAGAAUUCCACGAUGUCUGAGCAAUAUAAUUACCAAAAGAUCAAAACAUGAGCGUUUGAGAUACUUGGAAAGUCUUGGUGUCAUCCACUCAUACCAGAACAGUUCAUGGAUGGACAGAUGUAUAUUCAUACUAUGGUAUAGGGAUGAGUUUAUUCCACGAGUUCUAGUACAUCAAAGAACGACAGGCGUAACGGGGAAGGUUGUUUUACUCAUCGAUAAUGCUCCAUGCCAUCCGAGUUUAGAUGACCUAAACGCGAUAAACAAUAACUUCGAAGUCAUAUAUAUACCUCCCAGCGUGACGGCAUUGAUUCAACCCAUGGAUCAAGGUUUGAUCGUGGCGACAAAAAAACUGUACAAGAAAAAUUUGUUAAGAAGGCUAUUGAUCAGUGAGAAACCAGAAGGAGCUGUCAAGUUUUUAAAUGAGCUGAAUCUUCAGGAUUACUUUGGCAUGCUCAGCCUCGCGUGGGACAGUGUUAAAUCAUCUACUCAUCAAAAAGCAUGGGAACCACUCUUAGGAGAAUCAUUCGUUCUUAACAGUGCUCCAGCUCCCGUCAACAUUCAGGAUCCUCUAUCGAUUGAUGAUGCCUGUGGCAACAUUCAGGAACCUCUACCUAACGUUGAUGCAGUGAUUAGUGAGCCGGAAUCCCCAACUGAUUUGUUAAGUUUUCCUUACGAGAUUUGCGAUCAAGUUUGUGAACUGUUGUCGGCGUCAGAUUGUUCUCUAGAAGAAACAAAAGACUUUCUCCUGAAAUGGUUUGAAAAUGAUGACAAUGAUAACGAUUGCGGUCGGGAGUCAUUACCAGAAAGUGAUGUUAACUUUGUCGAUGUAAACUUUGUGGAUGUAAACUUGGUCCCAAAUAUUAAAUGCGAGCCUGGUAUUGUACCUGAAACAAAUGGUAAUUGCCAGCCUGAUGCAAAUAUUAAUUUCGAGCCUGAAGCAAAUACUGAUUGCGAGCCUGAAACAAUUAUUAAUUUUGUAUCUGAUAUUGUACCUAAAAUCGAAGAAAAUCAAACUUGCUGUGAAAAUCCUUACUGUGAAAAUCCUGCACUGAUGAAAAUAACUACGUCAGAGGCAUUUGGUGGCCUCAUGAAGUUUAAAAAUUGGCUGAAAUCGCGCACAGAAUGCUUGCCGAAAUAUCUUGAUUACAUUCAAGAAUUAGAGAACGUGAUAACCAAAACAACACUGCCUGAAAGUUAGGUUUCCUUAACUUUAUAUUACAUGUAUGUAUAUAAUUUAAUAAUUUAAACUUUGAUUACCAUGUUGGAAAAAAGAUAGAAAAUAUUUAGUAAAUUUUUUUUGUUACUGCGUGCAAAAAAUGAACUAGAAAUGUUUUAGUAGGCCCUGACAGUUUGGGGUCGAGAUUAUCUCGAUU